AUUUGAAGUCAUUCUAAUACAUGUCUGUAUCAUUCUUAAUAAUUUGUUUGCUAACAAUCAUAUCUGUGAAAUGCUGUCCUUCAUAUGGCUUGGGCAUAUUGAUUUGUGUUAUGAAUAUUGAUAUGUAGUUGAAACCAAAUGUCUGCAGUGACUGCUAAAUAUUACCUUCCACAUGCUCUUUUACAUCUAAAUAAUCAUCUUGUCAUCUUCCCCCCCCCCCUCCUUUUCUGCACAGGUUUGAGAGCUUCCCUUCUGCUGCAGAGGCAAAAUGAGCUGGGAUUUCCUUACGCGCCUGUUGGACGAGAUUUCCAACCACUCAACCUUCGUGGGCAAAAUAUGGCUGACCCUCCUCAUCGUCUUUCGAAUCGUGCUUACUGCGGUCGGGGGCGAGUCAAUCUACUCUGAUGAACAGAGUAAUUUUGUGUGUAACACGCUGCAACCCGGUUGCGAGAACGUGUGCUACGAUGCGUUUGCGCCACUGUCACACAUUCGCUUCUGGGCAUUUCAGGUGAUUAUUAUCGCCACCCCCUCCAUCAUGUACCUUGGCUUUGCUAUGCAUAAGAUUGCCCGCAUGGAGGACAAUGACUACCAGCCGCGGGGCAGGAAGAGGAUGCCGAUAGUGAGCCACGGUGCGGAGGAUAAUGAGGAGGAGGAACCCAUGACCCUGGAAGAGAUUGAGGCAGAAGUCACGGAGAAGCCCAGCAAAAAGCACGGCGGAAAACGUUGCAUCAAGCGCAAUGGCCUGAUGAAGGUCUACCUGUUUCAGCUGCUGUUGCGUGCCAUCUUUGAGGCCUCGUUCCUGUUCGGACAGUACAUCCUUUAUGGACUGGAGGUGGCCCCGGCGUACGUAUGCACACGCUCCCCUUGCCCAUACAAAGUGGAUUGCUUCGUCUCGCGCCCAACAGAGAAAACCACCUUCCUGCGCAUUAUGUAUGGCGUCAGCGCCCUGUGUCUGCUCUUCACCAUGUUGGAGUUCCUUCACCUCAGCAUCAGCGGUAUCCGGGACUGGCUUUGCGCACGCCUGCCUCAGCCUCCCACCCCACGGCUGCCUCAGCCUCCCACCCCACGGCUGCCUCAGCCUCCCACCCCACGGCUGCCUCAGCCUCCCACCCCACGGCAGACGCAGCCACCCACCCCCCACCGCCAGCCAUCUACACCUCCAGGCUACCACACGGCUCUGAAGAAGGACCCGUCGGGGAAAAUGGGCUUCAGGGACAAGCAGGGAGACUCGGGCUGCGAGUCCUUUGGCGACGAGGCUUCAUCGCGGGAACUGGAGAGGCUGCGAAGACACCUGAAACUGGCUCAGCAGCAUCUGGACAGAACAUUUGAGAAAGGUCUUUGUGUGUAGGUUCUCAUAAGACCAGCUGACAUAAGACUAAAGUUUACAUCAGUGACAUCAAGAUCAGUGAGAGGACGCAAGGGAAUCAAAGUUUGUGUGUUGGUGUGUGUGUGUGACAUGACCUUGUUUGAGGUGGAUGAAGUCAGCCCAAGCCUUCCUGUGUUAGGGCCAGUUCUGGGGGGACAA